AUGUCAAAUAACGUCCGUCUUGGAGAAUCUUGUGACAACAAUCAUGAUUGCAACCUGAUCAAGUAUGCCAAGUGUUCUGCGAGCAGAAAAUGUUCUUGUUUGAUUAAUUAUGUCGCUAGAAACAGCACAUCAUGUUCACCACUUUUGGACGAACGCUGUCAAGUAGAUGAUGAGUGUUACGCCAACAAUUCUGAUUGCAUUGCCAAUAAAUGUCGGUGCAGGGAUGGUUUUCAAGUUGUUGGUUCGAAUUCUAGAUGCAAGUCAAGCACGUUGGGCGACCGGUGUAACAUAUUCGAGGAUUGUUCAAUGAUUAAAAAUUCCAUAUGUUCAUCAGAUAAAAUAUGCAUUUGUCCACCCAACUACUUUGCAGUUGGCCGUUAUUUUUGUACUCCUUUAAUCAAUGCAACUUGUUCAAAUGAUUUAGAAUGCUUAAAUGAUUUAUUUCAUUGUGUGGAUGAUAAGUGUCAAUGCAAAUCUGGCUACACACCGAUUUCCGUUGACAGAUGCAUAAAACAGAGCUUGAUGUAUUCCUGCAAAGAUAUUUCUGAGUGCAGUGAUUCUUGGCAUUGGAAUUGUGCUACAAGUGGAAAAUGUGUUUGUCAUGUGGAUAAUGUUGCGAUAAAUAGUUCUACAUGUCUUCCUUCUCUCAACGGCUAUUGUUGGAGGGACGAUCAAUGCAUGGCUGAAAAUUCUGAUUGCACAGAUUACCGUUGUCGGUGCAAACCUGCCUUUGUCGCUGUUGCUAACAAUCAUUGUGUAUUUCAAGUCGAAUAA